GACGUGGUUUACCCUAAAGCACGACAAAGGGCGUCGGAGAUCUUCUUUCGGCAGGCGUUCUGUGUGCGUCGUCGUCGCGUGCUGCUUGUUGCGAACCCUCCACCGCCUCCUCCUCGCACACCAAACUUUGCCCACUAUUCUCAAAGCUUUUCACGAUGGGGAAGACGCGGGGUAUGGGAGCUGGACGUAAACUCAAGAACCACCGCAGGGCUCAGUUGUGGGCUGACAAGUCUUACAAGAAGUCCCACUUGGGUAACGAGUGGAAGAAGCCCUUUGCUGGUUCUUCUCAUGCCAAGGGCAUCGUCCUUGAGAAAAUCGGUAUUGAGGCUAAGCAGCCCAACUCUGCUAUCCGUAAGUGUGCUAGGGUCCAGCUUAUCAAGAACGGAAAGAAGAUUGCUGCUUUCGUGCCCAACGAUGGUUGUUUGAACUACAUCGAGGAGAACGAUGAAGUGCUUAUCGCCGGAUUCGGUCGUAAGGGACAUGCCGUCGGAGACAUUCCUGGAGUCCGUUUCAAAGUGGUUAAGGUAUCUGGUGUGUCACUCCUUGCGCUCUUCAAGGAGAAGAAGGAGAAGCCACGAUCAUAGAGAAUCAAUUAGGGACUACUUUUUGAUCUGUAGUUGGUUGAGGCUGUCUGCAGUCGGGUAACCUUAUUUUCAGUUUGUCACAACCUUUCAAUGGAAUGAGCAAGCUGAUGAGCCAAUUUGAUCGGCCUUCAAUUACAUACAAUCAUGAUUCGAACACUGGUUCAGUAAUUAUGAUCGUAGCAACUGUCGUGUACAAGUCGUGAAACGUGUGAUAAUGGCCAGCUGACGUACAGUGAUUGGCCACUAUUUUCUAUCCUCAUUUAUUUUUACACAGUAUUUUAAAACUUAAA